AUGCAAUAUCUCACCACUCUAGCAACCGCCGUGCUUCUCUUCGGCAGCACGGCCAGAACAACAAAUGUAACUAUGCCUACAACACCAAGUCUCGAGUACCUUUACACCGCGUUUGUGGAUUGCGAGCCGAGAAUUUUCACGACACAAACUUCAAAGGGACUGCGAACAGCAAUUCCUAUCAUCGGCGGCAAUUUCACUGGACCGCGCCUAAAUGGCAAGGUAUUAGAUCUUGGGGCCGACUGGGGUUUGUCCGACCCCCAGACAGGCCUAUUCAGUGCAGAUACACGAUACAAUCUUCAGACAGACGACAACGCCAAUAUUUACAUCCAGACGUCUGGAACGAGGCAGCCUGACGGCAAAUUGCAUCUGCGACUUAUUUUCGAGACUGGUGACAAGGACUACUACUGGCUGAACUACGUCACUGCAGUUGGGCUCUUACAGCGGGUUGCGGAAUACGAUAAUGGCACAUACACGCUGCGUAUCGAUGCUUGGAACCUUGGUAACGAAUGGACGAAUACAACUUUUGUGAACGGGACCACAUAUUAA